AUGAGUCCAGAGAUCGAACCUGGUUCGGGAAAUUCCGAUAACAACGUAAGCCUAUCUAGUGAUAUUGAAAGUGUAACUUCAACAAAAAUCGAUCAAUACGACAUCAGAAUCAAAGCGCUGGAACAGAAACUGAAAGAAAUUGAGAGAGAAAAAGUAAAGAAGUGCUCGCCAACGUCAUUUUUAGACACCUGGGACAUGGCAUCUUCAAUCAUGGAAAAAGCGCGCGAAACAGCAUUAAAUGUUCCAAAUGAUUCUCAAUGUCAAACAACAUGUCGACCUGGCAAAAAAGGCCCAGAAGGUGCAAAAGGUGAUAUCGGAUCACCAGGACAAAAUGGCGCCACGGGACGUCAGGGAGCUAAAGGAGAAAGUGGAACACCAUGUAAUUGCUCACGAUAUGAUGAGUUGGCACACAAAGUUCAAAUCCUCGAACAAAAAGCUCGAGCUUUACAACCUGUAGCAGAUGGUUGGUAUCGUGUUCACAGUUACCCGUAUUGGUACAAACUAUUCAAAGUAUCGUCAGACUAUCAAACAGCCAGAAAAUACUGCGAACUCAUGGGUGGUCGAUUAGCAGCGAAUGGUAUUCGGAACCCAACUAUUCGUAGCGAUCUUCUCGACAAGUUCAUCAGAAGUUCAGGAACUCAGAUCUGGAUAGGACUUGACGAUCUUGAAGUACAAGAUAACUGGAAAUGGUCAGACGGAGUUUUAUCAACUUCUUCUAAUACACCAUGGAGUGAAAGAGAACCAAAUGGUUCAAAUGAAAGAUGUGCUUGUAUGCACCAUACACUGCAAUAUCAGAUAGCAGAUUCUAGUUGUAAUAACAAGCGAUUCUACCUUUGUGAAAAGUAA